GUACAUCAAUCCAGCCCACUCCCCACUGUGUUACCAAAAUAGACGGAACCAUUUGGAGAUUGACGACAAAAUUCAACAGCCACUGUUAAUCGACAACAAACGCUUUUGGGGUGUCGGCGAUCUCCGGCUCUCUCUCAUUUUCUCUCCUCAGAGAUAGGACCUUCUCAGGUUCUUCCCCCUCUCUCCCUCUCUCUAGGUUUCAAUCGAUCCGUGCCGGAUCCCUCCGAUCCAGUCUCUCGGAUCGGGUCCAAUGGCGGCAUCGCGGCGACUCCGAGAACUCCAAUCGCAGCCGGCGAACAAGAUCUGCGUCGAUUGCUCCCAGAAGAACCCGCAAUGGGCGUCGGUGUCGUACGGCGUCUUCAUGUGUCUCGAGUGCUCUGGCAAGCACCGCGGCCUCGGCGUUCACAUCAGCUUCGUCCGAUCGGUGACGAUGGACUCCUGGUCGGAGAUCCAGCUCAAGAAGAUGGAGGCCGGCGGCAACGAGCAGCUUAACGCCUUCCUCGCGCAGUACGGCAUCGCUAAGGAGACAGAUAUCGUCACAAAGUACAAUACCCAUGCCGCCUCUCUCUAUCGGGACCGCAUCCAAGCCCUCGCCGAGGGCCGCCCCUGGCGCAACCCGCCCGUCGUGAAGGAGACGCUAGGGUUGGGAAAGAAGAAGCCUCCAUUGGCUAGUGGCGGCGGCGGCGGCGGCGGCGGCGGUAAUUCUGGGCAAAAUGGCGGAUGGGAUUGUUGGGACAAUGACGAUGCGUUCAGAUCGUCGACAGAUAUGAGACGGAAUCAGUCGACGGGGGACUUCAGGGCUGGAGGCCCGAACGGUGGGCGCGGUAUGCCUGCGAGGUCGAGAUCGACGGAAGAUAUUUACACAAGGUCGCAGUUGGAGGCUUCAGCAGCGAACAAGGAUAGCUUUUUCGCGAGGAAGAUUGCCGAGAAUGAGUCUAAGCCGGAUGACAUCCCGCCUUCCCAAGGGGGGAAGUACGUGGGCUUUGGAUCGACUCCGCCUCCCUCCCAGAGGAAUAAUCCGCAAGGAGAUGUUCUCAAGGACACCGUUUCUGUUGUUUCUCAGGGAUUUGGUAGACUGUCUCUAGUUGCAGCAUCUGCAGCUCAGUCUGCAGCCAAUGCCGUUCAGGCGGGUACCAAAGAGAUCACUUCUAAGGUGAGAGAUGGUGGUUAUGAUUACAAGGUCAAUGAAACUGUCAAUGUCGUCACUUUAAAGACAUCGGAGAUUGGACAGAAGACAUGGGGGAUCAUGAAAGGGGUCAUGGCAAUGGCUUCUCAAAAAGUCGAAGAGUACGCCAAGGAUGGCAUCAACUGGAAGGAAGGCUGGGAACGAAAUGACAACGAGAGAAAUGGCUACUACCAGGAGUUUGGGCACGAGUCUAAAGGAAGGAGCUCUUCCCCUGGAGGAGUGCAGCCGUCAUCAAGCGGGCAUUUCAAUUCCGCCGACUCCAACUCAUGGGAUGAUUGGGAUCGCAAAGAUAGUAGGAAGGAGGAGUCUGUUAAAGUGAGCGCAUCCCCCCACAAUGGGGAUGGAUGGGCUGGUUGGGAUGAUGCCAAAGAUGAUGGAUAUGACAAUUCUUACCAGAAUGCUGCUGCGUCUGACAAGCGAGCCGUUGGUCAUAACGGGAAAUCAGAUUCUACCUGGACUGGUGGCGGCUUUCUCUAAGGUUAGUAGUAUAUUUACUUACACCCCAUUUAGUUUUUUUUCUUUCUUUCAUCUGCCUUUCUUCCUCUUUUUUCUUUUGUUUUUUGUUUUUUCCGGAAUUCUACAUUGUUGGGAAGGCCUUGUGUGUUGGAAAAAUAGUUUAUAUAUAUGCAGUUAACCCUCAACUGCUCAUUCUGAAAGAGACGACUUUUAUUUGUGACGUGAGGAAUGUUAUAUUGCGACUCCAAUUAUUCAAAAAGUGCCCAGUGACUUUCAACUUGUUUAA